CAUCUGUUUUGUCUGUGGUCUCAAUUGUACAAAUUCGUACUUGUCGUAAUUUCAUUCAUGAUGUAAAAAUUCCGAGUUUCUUUUUAGUGAUUUUGUGAGAUCAACUGGAAUUUUAAAUCAUUUGAUAGAAUCGUUGACAAAACUUUAUUAAUCUGAUUAGAUUUAUACAUAAGACGAUGGGAACCAACGGGAACGGGAGGCGCGGGGGCACAAAACUCCCCGAUGUCCGUCGCCCUAUUGAAGAAGGCGAUUGUAUCAACGAUAUGGAGAGCCCAGAGCUGGAUUUUAUAUACGACGAUUGCGACACUCAAACAAACGAAAUAGCGGAGCUUUACAGCUACACUGAGCACCCGGAGUUCCAACUGAACGUGAAAGCUUUCGAGGAUAUCAUGGAAGAGUUCAAUUACCCUCCUAGCUGGCAGAGAUUGACAAAUAAACAACAACGAACAGUGAUAAUGAAACUAUUAGAGCAUUUAGAUGUUGCAGUGAGUGAUAUUCGUAUGCGUGCGACGAGGUGUAUAUUCUACCUGGCGCAGGGUUGCUGGGCUGAGAUGCAGUCUGAUGCCGAACAGGCCCAUUGGGCCAGGGUUAACGUCAUGACCCUGUAUGAUAUGGGAACGUUUGCUGCUUUUGUAGAACUUCUAAACCUUGAGAUUGUGAGAAGCAGUACUGCCAUAGCAUCCAGAAAACUAGCAGAGUCCCUAGCAGACUCAACCAAUUUGCGUGUCAUUUUAUCUGUCCUGUAUUUAAUCACAGAAUACAUGAGAACUGAAAAAGACAAUCCUGAGUCAGAAUAUGCUCAUCUGGUGAAGAAUUUCAAGGAAGAACUUGGUACACCUUUUGGUGAGGAACUAUUGCCAGUGAAACUCCUCAGUAUGGUGACACAUCUGUGUGCAGGAACCACUCCACACUUUCCUAUGAAAAAGGUUUUACUUCUUUUGUGGAAAGUGUUACUUGUAUAUUUGGGUGGUUCAAAAGAAUUGAAAGAGAGAAAAGCUAGAUUGCGAGAAAAACAUGGACUUCCACCUCUUCGUGAAGAUACUCUGGAAAUCAUUAAAGGUAUGCGUGCCAGCUCCCCUCCUCCAAGUGCUGCAGAUAUGUUGGAAAAUCAAAAUCCUGGACAGAGAAAAAUGAAGGAAAAUGAAAGAGCAUUGAGGAGACAAACUUUUAUGAAGCAGACUUCUUUGGAUGAGUCUGAUGAACAAAUAUUUGUUGACAAAGAGGAAACUGGGAAUGGCUCUGAAGAUUACUCAAUGGAGUUCCAGACUAUGCCUGCUGAUGGCACAAGAGGGGACAACAACCAACAAUGUCCAUACUACAUGUACUUCAAACAGUUUGAUAGCCCACCUCCGCCACCACCUCUGCCCAGAAGUUUGCCGUGGCAGUCCAAAGUGCGACAGAAAGACAUAGACAUGUUUUUGGACAAUGUCAGAAUAAAGUUCGUUGGUUAUUCUCUUCCUGGAGAUAGGCAGACGAUAGCUGGCCUCCCACAGCCAAUUCAUGAAGGCAUAGAUAUAUUGAAGAAACACAUGUACACAAGCUUAUCUGAAAUCCAAGCUGAAAGAGAAAUAGAGAUUGCUCGAAGUCCACUCACUAAGGGUGAGAGAGAUGUGGAAGAAACUGAAGUUGAAGUAUUGUAUAGAGCUAUGUUGCCAAACUUACCCCAAUAUAUGAUUGCUUUACUGAAAAUACUUCUGGCUGCUGCACCCACGUCUACAGCUAAAACAUACUCAAUAAACAUCAUGGCUGAUCUACUGCCUGAAGAAAUGCCCAUGACAGUCCUGCAGUCUUUAAAACUGGGCAUUGAUGUAAAUAGACACAAAGAAAUCAUUGUGAAAGCAGUCACAGCCAUAUUACUCUUACUAUUGAAGCAUUUUAAAUUAAAUCAUGUAUAUCAAUUUGAAUUUAUGUCUCAGCAUCUGGUUUAUGCUAAUUGCAUGCCCUUAAUACUCAAAUUUUUCAACCAAAACAUUUUGUCAUAUGUUGGAGCUAAGAAUUCCAUACCCAUAUUUGACUUCCCGGCUUGUGUCAUUGGAGAACAACCUGAGCUGACCAAAGAAUGUUUGGAUAUUGGAGAUUCAUCAGUUCCGUACUCGUGGAGAAAUGUUUUUUCGUGCAUAAACCUGCUGAGAAUUUUAAACAAACUAACUAAAUGGAAGAACGCAAGAAUCAUGAUGCUUGUAGUAUUCAAGAGUGCGCCGAUUUUGAAACGCACACUCAAGGUUAGGCAUGCUCUUAUGCAAUUUUAUGUUUUGAAGCUACUCAAAAUGCAGACGAAAUAUCUGGGGCGACAAUGGAGAAAAACGAACAUGAAGACCAUCAGUGCCAUUUAUUCCAAAGUACGUCAUCGGUUGAACGAUGAUUGGGCUUUUGGUAAUGAUGUAGACGCAAGGCCUUGGGACUUCCAGGAUGAGGAGUGUGCAUUGAGAGUAAGCGUAGACCGCUUCAAUCACAGGCGAUAUGGCACUGGAGGUGAACAAGAAAUAGAUCUGACUCCCCUUGAAACAGAUAUUAACAGUAUUCUUGAAGCAAAUGUUGAGCUUGAUGAAGAGUUUAAAGAAAACUAUGAGCUAUGGCUAGAACAGGAGGUGUAUAAUAACGAAAUAAACUGGGACAUAUUACUGACAGCAUGAAUCACUUUUAUAAAAGUUUGUUAAGGUUUCAUGUUGAUAUACUUUCUUAAUACUUAAUAUUAAUUGAUAAUAAUGAGAUUCCCUGAUAAAUUACAUGCUUAUGGAAGAUUAUGAAUGUACUCAAAGAUAAUUCAAGAUGUCAUUAGACAGGGAAGAAAUAUUUUAUUCUUUUUGUAAUAUUUUUACUACAAAUUGAUGUCUUUUUGCUUUAGAUUUAUUUUCUUACUUCAUUGGUAAUUUUAUAGUGGAAUUUAAAAAAUUAAAAAUAUCUAUAUCAUGACAGUAUUUAUAUAUUUAAGCAUGUUAUAUCAAAUUUUAAAUAACUAGAUAUGCAUUAAAUUGUCAUGUAUUAAAUGCAAUUUUUGCUUAGAGUGGUAGUUGUCUCAUCUUAUGUGUAACAUUUAAUUAUAAUGAAGUAAAAUAAAGUUGCCUUUAAACAUCAGAACUGAUAUUGACAACAAAUUGUUUUUUGAACCAGUUUUGUUAAAAUAUCUAAAUAGAGUAAUCAAAAUAAUGAAA